GGGGCGCGGUUGCACAGCAAGGCUGGUCAGUCGGCUCGUGCGUGUUUGUCGCGUCGUGCGGGAACUACUGGGCAUUGUUCUAUUUGGUCCGUUCGCAGCCGUUUACUCGAUAUUGGCGGUGGCGACUGUAGGACAAAGGUCACACCUUCAAUUUCUUGCUUUCAUUCGACCUUUCCUGCAACUAUGGUGCGGCGUGCACUUCACUUCGUCUUCAAGAUAGGCGAUCGCAAAGAGACGAUCAGGUUUUUCAAAGACAUUCUGGGCAUGCAAGUGUUGCGGCAUGAAGAGUUCGAAGACGGCUGUCGUGCUGCUUGUAACGGCCCGUAUGACCUGAACUGGAGUAAAACCAUGAUCGGCUAUGGACCCGAAGUUAGCCACUUUGUUAUGGAACUCACGUACAACUACGGCAUUGGCAGCUAUGCCAAGGGAAAUGACUUCGUGGCUGUUGUCAUACGCUCAGACAAUGUGCUUGAGAAUGCUCGACGCCACGCCUGGCCUGUCGAGAAGUUCGAAGGCAACGAUGCUCUCAUCGCACCCGGUGGAUACAGGUUCGUAAUAAAGCGGCGCGUCAAGCCCGAUGACAUGAAGCGUCUUGACCCGGUGGAGGAAGUCGUGCUGGCAUCGUCGAAUAUAGCGAGUACUGUGGCCUAUUGGCAUGACCUGCUGGGCAUGGCCGUUCACGAGCGCACCGAGAAGACGGCCACUCUGUCGUACGGCGAGGCACAAUGCCGGCUGCGCUUCGUGCUCAGCAAGGAGCCCAUUGAUCGGGCCAAGGCGUACGGCCGGGUGGCCUUCGAGUGCUCCGCGUCCGAGUUGCCAGACAUCGAGAAACGGGCGCGGGCAGGUGAUCACAAGGUGCUGACACCGCUCACGCGCCUGGACACGCCCGGCAAGGCUACGGUCAGCGUAGUCAUACUGGCCGACCCUGACGGCCACGAGAUCUGCUUUGUGGACGCCGAGUCAUUCCGGCAUCUGUCUGCCGUCGACCCCGAGGCCGAGCGCCUGCUGCAGAAAGCUAUCGACGAGGACAAAAGCGCCGAGUGGUACAGGGACGUCCAAGGCGGCGAGAAACCGGCCGCCUGAGUCAGCUGCCUGUCCACUGCGGGAAAGGCACGUGUGGUGAAGGGAAAAAAAAUGUUUUCUACUUAUUCGGGGAGUUUCGUCUCGUUACUGAUCUGAUGGCUGUGGCACCGUGGACACAUGGCUAUUGAAGCGAUCGUUGUGACGUCAACCACUGGACAACGCUGAUGGCAUAGAACGACCACAAGUUGCCAUUGCAUGUUUCUGAGCGAACAAACAAACAAACCCAAAAAAUCCGACGGGGCAUGCAUAAUGAAAAGGGGGGCUUAUAUAUGAGGGUCUAAUGUGAAUAUCUCGCGAACACCUAUAUAGCAAAAUAGCGCGAAUGUCGCGUCAUUUCAAAGUAACGAUGAACUCAAAAUUUGCGCGUAAUGUGUUUGAUUUCGUUGAUAAAUGUAGAAUCACUAUUAACACGAGCAUGUAGUCUACCGUCGGCAAUCGGACAUCCGAAUAACUGUGAAAAUUUGUAAAUAACAAAGAACUCUUCACUAAGUGCUCAU